UCCCCGCAGGAGUGUGCGCCUUUAAAUAGGAGCCGACGCUCCUCGAGCGGCACCACUUCUGCGGAAGAGCAGCGCGAGGAGCAGCAGCAGGCGCGUCCCGGCUCGUGUGUUUCACCCACUGAACUGAAGCCUUCAAGAUGUCCACCAAGGAGAAGCUGAUCGGCCAUGUGAUGAAGGAGGAGCCUGUUGGCAGCAGGAACAAGGUGACGGUGGUGGGUGUCGGCAUGGUGGGAAUGGCGUCUGCCAUCAGCGUCCUGCUCAAGGACUUGUGUGACGAGCUGGCCCUCGUUGACGUGAUGGAGGACAAGCUGAAGGGUGAAGUGAUGGACCUGCAGCACGGUUCACUCUUCCUCAAGACACACAAGAUCGUGGCUGACAAAGACUACAGUGUCACAGCCAACUCCAAGGUGGUGGUGGUGACGGCCGGCGCCCGCCAGCAGGAGGGCGAGAGCCGUCUCAAUCUGGUCCAGCGCAACGUCAACAUCUUCAAGUUCAUCAUCCCCAACAUCGUCAAGUACAGCCCCAACUGCAUCCUGAUGGUGGUCUCCAACCCCGUGGACAUCCUGACCUACGUGGCCUGGAAGCUGAGCGGUUUCCCCCGCCACCGCGUCAUCGGCUCCGGCACCAACCUGGACUCCGCCCGCUUCCGCCACCUCAUGGGAGAGAAGCUGCACCUCCACCCGUCCAGCUGCCACGGCUGGAUCGUCGGGGAGCACGGAGACUCCAGUGUGCCCGUGUGGAGCGGCGUCAACGUCGCCGGGGUCUCUCUUCAGAGCCUCAACCCGCAGAUGGGAGCUGAGGGAGACAGCGAGAACUGGAAGGAGGUGCACAAGAAGGUGGUUGACGGAGCUUACGAGGUGAUCAAGCUGAAGGGCUACACCUCCUGGGCCAUCGGCAUGUCCGUGGCCGACCUGGUGGAGAGCAUCCUGAAGAACCUGCACAAAGUGCACCCAGUGUCCACACUGGUCCAGGGCAUGCACGGCGUGAAGGACGAGGUCUUCCUGAGCGUCCCCUGCGUCCUGGGCAACAGCGGCCUGACGGACGUCAUCCACAUGACCCUGAAGCCCGACGAGGAGAAGCAGCUGGUGAAGAGCGCCGAGACGCUGUGGGGCGUACAGAAGGAGCUCACCCUGUGAGGAGCGCUCCUCCGAAGCACCCGAGUCAAACCCCGCCCCCUUCCUUACCUCCUCUGUCCUUCAUUGCAAUGGCUUGAACGUGACCUCUGAAGAUUAUAAAAAGCCAAGUGCUUGUAGCCGAACCAGUGUCGUUUUUCCUUUGCCGCCUCCCCCAGUCGUCCAUCUGUGUACCAAAGAGGCCCCGCCCACUCAGAGGGCCUCUGCAUAUCGGGCGUAUUGUACUGUCUGUUACUCGCCGUGUUACCGUUAACUGCUUCAACCGUGGUAAUCUGUUUUUAUUUUUUAUCCGGAGUACAGUAGAGACAUUCCAUUCUCUAUGAGGAGGGCUUCCUAUCCGCCCACAGCCAUGAAACUGAACACUGCCGCCACACGUCUCCGGUCCAAACGCCCGUUGAUACCAAAGUUACCUUAAUCAUUCUUUUGGUAAAACGACGAUGCAUCUGCUGCGUGGCGCCGACGCGAACAGACUCCACCACAAGUGCACUAACGGAAAGGGUUACAUUUCACCAGGUUUGGCAAACGUGUCUUACCAGAGAAAACAGAGCCAGUGGGAGAGUCGUCCUCCAGGUGUCGUUUGUUUGUCCACAGUGAAUGCCAUCACGAGGGUUUCCUUCACACCGCCUGACUCUGGAAUUCAACAUAAAGACAAAUGCAUUCUGUUAUUUAUCGUACAGAUGAGAUCUAUUUAUGUAUUGAUCUUACAGGACUAGAUUUAUCAGUCGUUCACUGACUUACUGAAGAACUGUACCUGUCAUGGCAGCUGGAUAUGGAUUUUUAUUUGCUGUACCAUCCAAUAAAUCUGCCAGAAUCAUGAUCC